CGCGGUCACGGUGACCGACCCGUCCUCCAGUCAGUCACAUCGCAGUCAGUAAACGGCGGAGUCGUGUGUACACCGUUCAGUAUUCUAAACGUGCUACGUCUCUUUAAAGUCUUUGUUAUAUUUGGAAAGUUGAGACGAGCAAGAAAGCCUCUCAGCAAUGGUGGCAAAACCGUCAACCUGUUGAUGCUGCCACUUUUUUUUCUUACUUUCCCUUUUAUGACUGGCAGUCAAGUACAGCUGGAGAGUGAAGAGGACUCCUUCUCCCGUACACGUCGCAGCGCCCUCUUCCUCAAUGAAAGACCGAAACCGGUGUUGUGCCGAAAAAUAGCCGCCCCACGUGAAAUGUCCCCUCUGACGGGCGCGCCCACACGUCACUAGUACAAACAGCUUUUUCUUACCAAUCAAUUGACAUGGAAACAACUUUCUUGUACCGUGAAUAUGUAUUAUUUUACUCUGCUUGAACUAAUAAAUUUUGUACUGUGAAUAUGUAUUAUUUUACUCUGCUUGAACUAAUAAAUGUCAAACCUGUGUGAUUGUCAUUAGGAUAUGGUCGUGAAAACCUGUACACUAAUACGUUUCUGUUCAAAGAUGGUUAUGUGGCCCAUUCCACGAUUUAUUACUAAAAUACAGUACUAGUAUUUUUUGUAAUUUAUUUAUUUAAAACUGAUUUUACAGUCGUAAAUCCAUUACUGUAAUGUGUUCAUGAAAACAUUUGAUGUUUUCAGCUCAAUAAAGCAUUAUAAAUAAGCGUUCCGUCAGGGGGGGACAUUUCACGUGGGGCGGCUAUUUUUCGGCACAACACUGGAAGUCUGUCAUUUUCCUAGAUUAAAAAAAAUUUUUUAAAAAGUUUUUUUUAAAUUGAAUAAAUAUAUCGAUCGCUUCCUCACACAUCCAAGUGGUCCAUUUCAUUCAGGAGCAUAAAAUACCGCGUGUAUUAUGAAAUGAACAUGCUUUUUCGUGUCACAGGCACUUUAACACAAUAUGUCAUUACUGUUUUUACGUUGUGUGUUUUUUUGGACCUUAAAUUUAUGUACUAGUAAGGAGAAAUUUCAAUUGCAUUUACACUAAAACAUUGUAUAAUUGUAAAAUAAUUUUUGCAAACUCCAAAAAUGUUUACAAUGUAACGUUAACGUUACAUUGUAACGUUAUGUCAUUUUAAAUACCAAUUUAAAAAAUUUAACAAAUAUAAAACCUGGAAAUUUUUCACAACAAACUAUCAACAUUAUGUAUAUCCAAAAAUAUUUAUUAUAAAAGAAAAAAGUGGGAAUUAUUCACAUCUAAAACUAUUCACAGUAUGCAAUUUCAAGCAAACAUUUAAAAUAUAUAAAAGUGGCAAUUAUUCACAAGCAGCUAAAGUUAACAAUAUUUAGUUUUGAAAAGUAUGGCAAUAGUGUUUCCACAUAGACUUCAUAAUACUUGACAUGACAUGGGAAACGGGCCGAUCCAUAGGGGGCCUAUUUUCAAAAACUUCAAAUUCCAAUAUUUUCAGAACCAAAGCUGCUGCCGACCUAAAACCAAAACAGGCACCUACCUUAGCCAUAUAUACGUCUCCGUGAGCAGCGGCAUAAAAAAAUUCAAAGUCGUUCGCUUAUAAAAUCCUGAUAGGUAUAACAAAACUUAAAAUGGCUCUACAAUUCUCACAAGAUGCACAAAAAUCACCAAAUGCAGAGAUAAUCACCUAUAUUUUCAGGAUCAAUAGCAAUGUUUAGAGUUGUUUCUACAAGUUCCAUAGCAGCAUUGUUUGAUCUGCAUGUUCUUUUUUGAAAGAUUACCAGAGAAAACAAGCAGAAAUAACAUGGUUUGUAUGGGACGGCGUGUCUAUUAUGCCCCACUUCCACGUUGUGAUGGUAACGUCACGGUCUAAAAAUAGCAUUUGUGCGGUACGCUCUUGAACGAGGCUCAGCAAAAACAGUUUCCAGCCACAAUUAAAACGUCUGCGUAUUAAUACAAUUGGCAAAAGAUGCAUUGGAGGAUGCGGGCAUCGAUCCCACUACCUCUCGCUUGGGCCUGAUGCACUCUGCUGUUGGAGCAAAAUAAGACCAAGUAAGUCCAAAAAGUAAGCCAGUCAGCGCAGACUUUAUGGAAAGUAAGCUCAAAGGAAUCCCAAAAAGUAAGCCAACUGACCCAUCAGCGCUGACCUCAUCGUCUCUGGUGAGCCAAUCGCAGUCUGAGCUGGAGGGUUUAUUUAUCGUUCGUGUGCUGAUUGGUCAGCUGGCUUACAUUUUGGGCUUACUUGACAGGUCUGAUGUGCUGAUUGGCUUACUUUUUGGGCUUGGGCUUACUUUGCUCUAUCAGCAAAACUUGGCCCGGCCUGGAGUCAUAUUACAAGUGACCGCUUCACACUCAACAUGCUCUGAGAAGUGAGACAGGAGACGGAGAUAUAGAUGACAUUAUGCCUUGCCUGCAGUAUUUGGUCUUUAAAAAAAGACAACCAAAACAUUGAGUAACAAUAUUACAGGGCAGUUGUUCUAACUUGUAUUUACUGUAUGGCUAAUACUGUACAUAACUGAGUCUCAAAUCAUUUUUUGUUGAGUGCAAUGAGUGAGCAACUCUAGCAUUUAAUCAGUCACUUAUUUAGAAGAACGAGGCCCAGCAAAAAGUUUCUACUGCAUAUGAAAUGCGAAUAGCUUCGCCUUGCUAGUGUUAAACUGGUCUUUUGGACGUCUUCACAUUUUUCCUUCUGAAUUUUUGGUUUCAGGAAACGAAUAAAGAAAACAUCCUUCAUAUGACGUCACAGUCUAAAAAUAGCAUUUGUGCGGUAAUCUAUGAACGCGGGCAAAAACAGUUUCCGGCCACACUUUCAACGUCUGUGUUUCAAUACAAUUGGCAAAAGACACAAUGGAGGAUGCGGGCAUCGAUCCCGCUACCUCUCGCAUGCUAAGCGAGCGCUCUACCAUCUGAGCUAAUCCCCCAUUGGAAUGGGGAGGCUCUGUGUCAUAAACGUGUGCAGCUCUAGCUCAUGUACUUGGCCCAGCCCGGUAUCACAAUACAAGUGACUUGAACAUGCGUUGACAAGUGAGAUAGGAGAAGACGGAGAUAUAGAUGACAUUAGCCUUGCCUGCGAUAUUUGGUCUUUAAAAAAAGAGAGCCAAAAACAUUGAGUAACAAUUGUUCUUACAGAGCAAUUGUUCUAACCAGUAUUUACUGUAUUGUCUAGUACUGUACAUAACUGAGUCUCGAGUCAUUUUUUGUUGAGUCCAAUGAGUGAGCAACUCUAGCGUUUUAUCAGUCACCUAUCAAAGAAACAGGAAACCCAACUACAGGGCGUGUCGGAAGACAAAGGUCCCUGGGGAUGGCACAUUUUGUAGUUUAUCAUAUCUGAACCCUUUCAGGGACAGUGGGCAGCUAUUCACAAGUUGACACUUAAGACCUUUAACAAUUUAGAGAGCCAGAGACAAAUCUUGAAGCCGCAUCCUCAAACUUUUGUCUUUCCUCGCUAGCCAUGAUCCUCGUGUCUGUCACUUUUGCCACAAACAAAAGGAGUGUGGUUGACCCUGCCCUCCAGGCAGUUUGAGGGAGGAGGGAGGAAGAGCUGCUCUGCUUUGACUGCACCCUGGACAUUUUAGCGAGAGCACACAAGAAAAAGUUUGGAAAAUUAGGCUCAAGCGUUUACGUCACAGAAGCACGGGAUCAUGCGAGAUUUGCGAUAACGCAACCAUUUCGGAAGCACGUCUGCAUCACGGGACAUUUAAACUUAACGGCAAAUACAAUUCAACUACGAGUGCCAAAGAUGGAAAAAAGUAAGGAAAACUUGCCAGUUCGAUACAGAGACAAACUUGUUACCACGGCCAAGGACAGAUAUGUGAGCAAUUUUAAGAAUGUGAACAAUGUUGACCCUUACGAGCAAGCCGAACACAAAUGGAAUAAAGAUGUCGACAAGCUUCCACCACUACGCGAAAUGGACAUCAUGCUGUAUUUAGUGUUUGGUGUAAGUUACUACACUCAUCAGCAAUUCCGAAACUACAAAUCGCUACAAAGCUACGAACAGUUUUGCUGCGGAUGGGUGCAGGAUCUGCACAUUAUGACCAUAGCAAACGGCAACACCAUCUUUCUAGCAAAGAAUAUGAAGAUGCUACAUUUUGCUGAAUCCCUUGCAACGGAAACUGUCCUCUUCAGAACGUUCUCUUCAGAUGUUUUCAACGCAAGUGUCCAGUCUUCUGAUACAAAGGUUCUGCUGGACACCGUUGGUAACGCCAGCCUACGCUGUACCUACAAGGAGGACUUCAAACGUUUCCUCCUCCCCACCAUGUACAGUUUUGUCUUUCUGCUUGGCCUUCCGCUUAACGCAGCGGUGAUACUAAAGAUAUGGAGGAGGAGGCAAUAUUUGUCCCGCAGCAACAUUUACAUGCUCAACUUGGCCAUAGCAGACUUCCUGUAUGUGACUUCACUUCCGCUGCUCAUCUACAACUAUGCGAGCCAUGACUACUGGCCCUUUGGACAGUUUGCGUGCAAACUAGUCCGAUUUCAGUUCUACAGUAACCUGCAUGGCAGUAUCCUCUUCCUUACCUGCAUCAGUGUACACCGCUACAUUGGCAUCUGUCAUCCUCUGGCAAUAAGGCACGGACAAGGCGGCCGUAAGCUGGCGUGGCUCAUUUGCGGAGGAGUGUGGCUGAUUGUAGCCAUCCUCUGCGCACCGACAUUUCACUUCGCCUCGACGGGAAUCCAGCGAAACCGCACUGUCUGUUAUGAUUUAAGCGCACCGAAGCAGUCGGCGGACUACUACCCGUACGGCAUGGCCCUCACCUGCCUCGGCUUCCUGUUGCCUUUUACUGGUGUGAUGAUAUGCUACUGCAAAAUGGCCCACUUUUUGUGCCUCCCGGUGUCCUACCAAGGCGUCAACAUACAGACGAGGGACAAACGUGACAGAGCGGUGAAAAUGAUCAUUAUAGUGGCAGUGGCAUUCUGCAUCAGCUUCCUGCCCUUUCACCUCACAAAGAGCUCUUACCUGGUGGUUCGGACGCUCCCUAGUAUGACCUGUGAGACUAGGAACCUCUUUUCUAUCAUCUAUAAGAGCACAAGACCAUUUGCCAGCAUGAAUAGCUUUCUGGAUCCCAUUCUUUUCUACUUCACUCAGCUACGAUACAGACAGAGCACCAAAAGGUUCAUUCUCAGAGUUACCACUCGCAGGGACAAGCAUACCAGUGAAUAAUUCCAAAAGCCCAUCCCUUUAUUUCACAUGUACUAUAUGUGGAGCUCUGGGAAAAAAACACCUCUAAAUGUGCAGUUCCACUCAUACAGUAUGUUUGAGUAAUAGCAACUGGUUAGAAAACAGUUAAAAUUAGCUGAGAUGUGACACUUAUGAGGAUGAGCAGUGCAGGGCGGAUGUGAAAAAAAUGAAAUAUGAAAUACAUGAAUGUUUAGUUUUCGGUCUUCCAAAGGUUACCUUUGCCACAGAGCCAGCAUGAUACUUAAAAGUUAAUUCUGUGCUUACUUGACAGUGUUUUGAACUGUUCCAGUGUGUCCAAAAUAAUAUGGUCAAUAACCUCAGUGAAGUUGGCCCCUCAUCAGAUGCAAGUUCAUAGAAAAAUGUCAUACGUGUGAGAAAAAUGUUACACGUGUGAGCUAAGUUUGUGCUGAAAUUUGUGCUGCUAUCGUUUUCGAGUUAGUAACAAUUCUUUUAUCGGUCAAUCUGAGGUCAACCAGCCCCCCAUUUUGAUUAAAAAUGGCUCAUAGACUUCAUAACCUAUUGACAUGGCACGGGAAACGGGGCAGAUUCAUAGUGGGCCUACUUUCAAAACCUUCCAAUUCAAAUAUUAUCAAAACCAAAGCUGCUACCGACCUAAAACAAAAACAGGCACCUACCUUAGCCAUAUAUUAGUCUCCAUGAGCAGCAGCAUCGAAAAAUUCAGUCGUUCCCUUAUAAAAUCCUGAUUAUUUUUUAUAUAAUUAUAACGCAACUUAAAAUGGCUAUAAAAGUCUCAGAUUUUACACUAGAUGCACAAAAAUCACCAAAUGCAAAGAUAAUCACCUAUAUUUUCUGGAUCAAUAGCGAUAUUUAACAUAAGUUUUUGCCCAAAAUAGCAACUUUUUUAAAAAAUUAUUUGUUUUCAACAGCUAAUAUAUCACUCAAUUUAACGUCAGAAACUUAAGGAAAACAUGCACAAUCAAUUAUAAAUAACAUGUAAAUAUACUAUUAAUAAAUUAUACAAUCACAACUUAUUAUACAAUAGAAUAGUCCUUUAUUAUAAUUAUACACUAUAUACUGUUAGCAAAUGAGGCUAUCGGCUGCCUGACACAGACAGAGCUUUUCUGGUGAAAGUUCUUGUGUAUAAAUGCUUAAAUCACCGAAUUCUUCAUAGGUAUGGAUGUAAAACUGUCUUGAUUCUUGUUAAAAGAGCAAAAACUGGGCAGUUGCGCAUCUAUUUCAUCCAUCGAUUUUUUUUUCACGUUUCAAAAUGCAUGCAUGGUACGAAAAAUAUAAUAUUUACCCUGAAUCCUCGAAAAUAUCACUCCAGAGACAAUCCUUCCUGUUUGUAUGCGGUACAGCUUUCGUAGUUCUUCAAAAUCCAAGCUUGAAUCCAGCUUAGACAUGAGCGUGUGCCGUCUUCGCCUGACUACAGUACCUGACAAAAGUCUUGUCGCUUAUCCAUUUUGUAAAAACCAUUGCUAAUAACCUGACUUUUAAUUAUUCAGUUGGUUUCAGAAAUGGCUCAUAUGAAAGCUAAGACCCUCCCAAAUGAUGUUGAAUGUACAAAAAUAUAUUUGUUUCACUGAAAAAAAAUCAUCAUUUAAUGAAGACAUAAAGGUCAAAUUUUGGCAAGACAAAAGUUUUGCCGCCUACAGAAAAUAGUGUGAAAAUUGAACAAAAAAUGUACUUCAAAUACAAAAAUAUGCUACAUAACAUAAGCAAAUUAAAUUGUCCCAUAUGUGUACAUUCGUUUAAGUCCACACUAAAUUUCUUCAGUAGUCUCACCCCACAUACUGAUAAGCAAAAACUUGUUCAAUAUCUGGGUUCUUUGAAGUCCCAAUAUCCCCGUAAAUUGUUUUUUCAUAGUUUGUAAACUGCUGAAUAUUCUGAGGUAAUACAUUUUUUUCUAGCUUUGAACAUUAUUUGUGCUGUUUGUUGUUGUACGAUAUCGGGAAACUUGAGCAAUUGUGACUUUAAAAAAGUGUGUAUGAUCCUGAUAACCACCUUUGUGAAUGAUCUGUUAUGCCCUUUCCUGCAGUACAUUUACUGAAUAUAACAAAGUUUUGUGAUUAUUGCACCAAACUUCGGCACUGUAUUGCAAGUAAACAGAGACUAGUGAACCCUAUAGAGUGUGGAGUGAUUUGAAAUCUAAUACCUUCUUUGCUUUACUUAUUAAUGUAAUGUUUCGUGAGAUUUUGCCCUGUAUAUAUUUGAAAUGUUGUUUCCAGUUAGGUUUUACAUCAAUAAUUACUCCCAAAAACCUGAUUUCAUCAACUCUCUCAAUUUCUAUCCCAUCUACUACAACCCAUAGCAAAAAGUAUGGAACCACCUGUCUCGGACGAGCACUCACUCAAGACAUUUUAUCAUGUAGAACAAACUCAAAUAAAAAGCUUGAAAAAAUACUGAAUUAGUUCAAAAGAGCAACUCUUUAGCGCAGAAACACUAAAAGAAAUGAAUAAAAAUAUUGUGGUAGUGAGCAAAUGUUACUUUUAUAGAGCAAGUGCAGGGAAAUGUAUAUGGAAUCACUCCGUUCUGAGGAAAAAUAUAUGGAAUCAUGACAAAACAAAGAAAUAGCAAUCAAAACACAUCUCCAGUAUUUAGUUGCACCACCUCUUGCUUUUAUGACAGCUUGCAGUCUCUGAGGCAUGGACUUGAUGAGUAUUCUUCAUCAAUUUGGUGCCAACUCCCUUUGAUUGCAGUUGCCAGAUCAUCCUUGCAGGUCAGAGCCGUGCUGUGGACUAUUUCUUUCAAUUUCCACCACAGGGUUUCAAUAGGGUUGAGAUCUGGGCUAUUUGCAGUCCAUGACAUUGACUGGAUGAGUCUUUCUCCAAGGAAUGCUUUAACAGUUGUAGCUCUGUGGCAUGAUGCAUUGUCAUCUUGGAAAUGACAAACAUAUUUUCAAUUGAAGGGAUAAGAAAACUGUCUAAAACUUCAAUGUUAAAAUGCACAUUUAUUGAAGAUUUAACACCAGCCAUCUCUCCAGUGCCUUAGCCUCACAUGCAGCCCCAUAUCAUCAAGGACUGAGGGGAUUUUGACGUUUUCUUCAGGCAGUCAUCUUUGUAAAUCUCACUGGAACAGCACCAAACCAAAGUUCCAGCAUCAUCACCUUGUCAAGAGUCAAGAAUCUGCAUUGGACAAGGUGAUGAUGCUGGAACUUUGGAACUUUUUAUCUGAGUUUGUUCUACAUGAUAAAAUGUUUGAGUGAGUGCUCGUCCGAGACUGGUGAUUCUAUACUUUUUACUAGGGGUUGUAUUAUCUUCAACUGUGCAUUCUUUUUACAGUUCCCAAGUAUUAUCAUUUUUGUCUU